AGUCAAAUUACUCAAAUACAUGCCAUACCACCUUCCUCUUCUUUGUCUCUCUUUUAUGCCACUAAGUGAGAAACUAGCUUAAUUAAUAGCCCACGUCUAUCUAAUUUUUUUUAAUGGCAGUAAUAAAAUUUUAUAAUUCUCAUAAUAUGGUGGUAUCAAACCCAUUUUUCUGAAGUCUAUCCCACUUGCAUUUGCUAGGCUUUGUAAAGUUUUCGUCCCCAAUCAAGAUCCUCCGAUAAUCUCUUUCUCUUAAACAAAUAAAAAUUACAUAUUUUAACGUGGGAAAAAUUGGGUCAACGGAGAUUUUUUUUUUUUUUUGGCUAAUCAAGGUUAUAGUUUUCCUCUCUAAUAAAAAUUACAUAUUAUAUAAAGAGAAAAGAUGGACCAAUCAGAGUUAUUAUUGCAAAUCAAGGUCGUAGUAAUACUCUCUAAUUGAAAUUACAUAUAAUCUCUAAACUUGUAAGUUCCCAAAUUUUACGAGUAAUAUUUAUGUCAAUUUUUUUUUUCUACUUCUAAUUAUUACUCCAUAUCAUCUUUCUUGCUCUAGCAAAGUUCUAAUACUUCAUUAGUAUUAAAGUAUAAUAAGCUAUUUUGGGCAAGAAACGUACAUAAACACAACCUACUAAAUGGAGAAAAAUGAAUAUUCAGAAAAGGGUGAAUUAGUGAAUGAGCUUGUUGAAGGGAGAGAUCUUACCAAGCAGCUGUUGCUGAUGAUUCUCAACAAUGAACAACCACGGUCAUCCUCUAGCAACGACGACAACGAUGCGUACGGAUUGAUUGCUCAAAAGAUAUUAGCCAAGUUUGAGAGGUCAUUACAGAUCUUGCAAUAUGAUCCAAGCAACAACCAAUCUAAGUCUAAGUUGUUUCAACAAACUACAACUGAUUCUCCUUAUUCUUUCAGUGGAAGCCCUAAAAGUCAAGACUCUGAAAAUAAUGCUGAUUUCAAACAUCCAUCUGACCUUAAAAAUGAUCCCAAAAAAUUGAGGUAAUGCAAUUUUUUUUUUUUUUUUUUUUUUAAAAAAAAAUAUAUGUUAUAAUCUGAUCUAUACUAGGAUUUUAUUUUAUUUAUUACACAUAUAGCUAAAUUUAUUUUCUCCUCACCACAAAAAAAAAAAAAAAAAAAAAAAAAAAA